GAUUAACAAGGACAAAAUGAUAUUUGUGUCGACUUGUGUCACUAAAUGGAAAGCAUUCAAUGUAGCCGUAUCUCGAAAGAAUCAUAUGGCUUGGUGACUCUAGAAACCGGUGUUUAUAAAAAAAAAAUAUUAUAUGGUCGAAUACAAUUGUAUAACUUAAAAAUGGAGCAAACUAAGCCAUUUUUUCUGACAGUCACGCAACGUAUCUUCAGUAAUUGGACAGCUUUAAGAUUGUCAGUAGAAAACGACAUGGGUCCAGUAGAAAGUGCAGUUGAAUUCUGUUCAUAUAUAACAGAAGUAUUAUAUAUGAAUGAGGGAUUGACCAGUGGCCAGGUUGCUGCUGAAUUGGAAGACUACAUGGACGAUCAAUUUAAUACAGAAUUACAAGAUGACAGCACUGUACAAGUAGCAGAGGAGUUAUUAAGGUUUUAUCGGUAUUGUAUGGAAGGCAAUGAAGCCACGGCGAAAGUAGAGUUUGAGAAAUUACCACCGUUGCAGCCCUGGUUGAAUUUAGAACGAUCUAUUCAAUCAACUCGAGUUAAUCAUUCUCAACCAAUAAAAGAAGAUAGUAGUUCAGACGAAGAAAUGGACAUAGAUAGGAAUGAACAAGAGAAAAAUGGAUGGACAGUGGUUACCAAUAGACGAAACAGAUAAUUUCCAAUUUUUUUGGUACGAAAGAUAUAUUUACUUAGCAAUUUUGUUUUGUAUAUAUAUAUAUAUAUAUAUUGUAUAUAUAUAAAAGAAUGGAAAGACAUAGAGACAAAAAGAGAGACAUAUAGGCGCAUACAUUGUUGCAAUGUAAUAUGCGCACAUUCGUUCCACAAUCAUACAAAUAUCAGUGCUACAAUUAUCUACAAAAUAUUUUUACCUAAGCAGCCUUUUGAAGCAUUGCUAAAUUCAUUUAGCAAGCGCAUCUUCUGUAUCUACAAGAAAAAAAAUAAAAUUAAUCUGUUUUUGUCUCGAGAAAACUGCGUUUUGUAACAUAGUGAAAUUUUAAAAAUAUUACCUUUCCCAUUUUGGGGCAGAUGGACGGUAUAGUAACCGUUGUGAUGUAUAUCCUGACUUUUUUCUGGGCUGUCUUGUCUUCUUUCACCAGGUCCCGCUAAACUUAAUAUCACCGGCAAAAAUAGCAACCCAUGAAACAAACCAAAUAGUACUACAGAUGUAAACAACUAAAACAAUAGGAAAUAUAUAUCAUUUCUAUUUUA